AUGAGCAUCAAUGCAGCAAAACAACAAAUGAGUUUUCUGGCAUCUGUGUUAGAGUUAUACGAAGGUUUAGUGUCUGGAAAAAUUGGAAACUCAGAACUGACAAAAGAAGACUACGACCAGAUCGACCCAGUAGAAAUGGAACUCAUUGACAUACGCCAGUGUUUAGCAAGUUGCAUCCGAAGAGCUCAGAGAUAUGUGGAGAUUACCGGGAAGCAAUCUAUUAGUGGUCCGUCAACAAAGCUGGGAUACGACAAAUCCAAAGUGACCUACUUCAGAUGUAAGCAAAAAGGUCAUUUCAAAAGAGAAUGCAAAAACUCUGAAGUUGACGAAACUGAGAAACCUUGCAAUGAUGAUUAUUAUCGAAAGGCGAUUUACCACCGUAGCAAAGAAGAGCCGAAAAUGAUUGAAAAUAAUCCAAAAGAAAAGUCAAGAGCAUAUACAGUAACCCAUGAUGACGAAGGAUAUGAUUGGGGUCAGAUUCUUCCUGAAGAAGAUCGUAUUGAUAAUCAAGUUACAGCUCAUGGUAGAACUACAUCAAAAGGUAAACAUCAUGUUUUUGUUGCUGAAAUAAAGGAGAAAACUCGAGAAGAGAUUCUAAGAGAGAAAACGGAAAGAGAAAGAUUCAUUGUUGGAUGCAGAAUGGAGAAAAUGAGAGAUAUAGUUCAUGAUGAUGAUGUUCUAGUCAUUCCUCUAUCCGUCGAGUAUUACUCAAAUACUGCAAAAGAUAAAACAUAUCCGAAAAGGCGGGAUAAAAUCAUAAGACAUGCUAUGACAUCAAGUCUAAGAAAGAGGGAUGAAGAAAGAAUGAAGAAGAAUGUUGAGAAUUUGGUUGAUGAUCUGAAGAAGGCUGCUGAAGAAGUCAAAGUUAAAUUUGUUAAAGAGGAUGUGAAGAUAGAAGAGGAAGAGAAGGUGAUAAAAGAAGUUGUUGAAGAAAAAACUGUUACCGAAGAACAGCAGUUUGAUGAGAAGAAGAAAGAAGAAGAAGAGGUAAAAAAUGAGAGUUUAGUUGCUGGUGAUGAUGGUGAUGAAGCUGUUGGUGAAGAAGAACAGAAGAAGAAAGAUGCUGAUCAGACUAAAACAGCAAACACCAAGGUGCUCAAGACAACUGAAUGUCAACCAGAGGAGUGUCGGAGCAGCCUGGCACAGGAGGAGAAGGUUGCUGAACUCUGUGUUGGUUGA